CUAGGUGCGUCGCGGUUGCUGCGCCCGCUGUCCACGGUCCCGAGGCUCGCGGACUACGGAAAAUGGCGGAGUCCGCGUUGUUCGUGUGGCUCUGCGGCCCCGGUUUCGGGUGCAAGGCGGUCCGGUGGGGUUCAGCCCCGUGCUCCGUGCUCGAUUUUAUCCGCCGACACCGCCAAGAUCAGGAUGUUCCAGUGGAAUGCUUCUUUGUGAAAUGCAAUGGAUCACUCAUUAACACCAACGACAUGGUGCAGCAUGGAGCUGUUUAUAGUUUGGAACCCAGACUUUGUGGAGGAAAAGGAGGUUUUGGAUCUAUGCUUCGAGCACUGGGUGCCCAGAUUGAGAAGACAACCAAUCGGGAAGCUUGCAGGGACCUCAGUGGAAGGAGACUACGAGAUGUCAAUCAUGAAAAAGCAAUGGCUGAAUGGGUGAGACAGCAGGCUGAGCGAGAGGCUGAGAAGGAGCAGAAGCGCCUGGAGCGACUGCAGCGACAGCUGGCAGGGCCUGGGCACUGCCUCACUAGCCCUGGCUACCAGCAGCAGUGCCACGAGAUGGCAGAGCGCCUGGAGGAUUCUGUCCUCAAAGUAAUGAACACAGGAUGUCUAGCAACCCACAAAAGCACACAUACUCACACAGUCUGGGCAUAUGGCCCCCUGAAUUCUGUGGGCCAAUGGGCCACAGGUAUGCAGGCUGCCUCCAGCAAGAUGGUAUCAGCAGAAAUCAGUGAGAAUCGGAAACGGCCUAACAAAUCAAAAACAGACAAAGGAGCCAGAGCAGAGAAAAGGAAAUGCUUUUGGUUGGGUUUGGAAGGACUAGAGACUGCAGAGGGGUCCAGCACCGAGAGCUCGGAUGAUGACAGUGAUGAAGCACCUAGUACCUCAGGAAUGAGGUUCCAUGGUCCAAAAACUGGCAGUGACAGUGUUGAGAUGGCAUUCAAACUUCCCAAUAGUUCUCAGAAGAGUACAGACUCUAGAUCUCAAGAAGAACUACGGACCCCAGAGGCUGACCCUGGGAGCAGUAUUUCAGAAGAUUUGUGUGCUGAGCUGGGAGAGACACCUGCCAGGGACAUCGUGGAAAGGAAGAUGGCUCUAGAAAUACAGAACACCCAGGAGGAGGAGGAGGAGGCAGAGAGGAAAGAACCCAUAGAAAAGGAAGUAGCUGGGACAGGACUGAAUAAGGAGCAAGAAACAAAAGAAAUGACUGAUGGAGAAAGAGCUGCCAAGGUAGCACCUGGAGAAGGCGGGGAAAACACUCCUGUUGCCAAACUGGAGGAAAGCCAAUCAGGAAACACAGAUGUUGGUAAGGAAACUAUAGAUUUACAGGCAUUCCACUCUGCUGCAGAAAUGGAGCUGCUGGGUUUGGAGAAACUCAAGUGGGAACUGAUGGCACUGGGCCUGAAAUGUGGGGGCACUCUGCACGAGCGGGCAGCACGGCUCUUCUCUGUCAGAGGACUGGCACAGGGGCAGAUAGAUCCAGCUUUAUUUGCCAAGCCUUUGAAAGGGAAGAAGAAAUGAAUUUUAUCAGAGCUGAUUUCCUACUUCUUUAUAGUCUAGUACUUAUGACCUACAUAAUAUUGACUCGUGGCCAUUUUUCCUGUUGACAUUAAAGCUGAUUUUUU